AUGACAGUUGAUGAAGCUCAAAAUCGGAUGAUAUUUAAGACCAUUAUUUCUCGUGGGAGUAAUGAAGAUUACGUGACAUACUCCUGGGGACAACCUAAUAGCCUUUUAACAGUCACUCUUGAUUGGAAUCGAGAGGAAUUCUCUGAAAUACAAAGUAAGACAUUAAUCAAGUCCGAUAAAUCGCUCACAGUCUGA